AUGGAGUCACCUCCCCUCAAAGUCACAUUUUCUUUCAAGGCAGGACAAGGUGGUUCUGGCGAUCCAGAGCGUCGGGAGUUCUGGGACUCCCCUGAUACCAUCGAAUGGUUUAAGAUCCGAGGAUACACUCUGUACCAGCGUGGAUACGCUACCUAUUCGACGGGGGCAACAUUGCCAACGGACUCGUCGUAUCCUGUCUCCCCGCCGGAGUCCGACAGCGAAUUUGUUGAUGUCGAGUAUCCAUAUUCAUCGUACGACAUUACGUUCAAUGUCAGGAAGGGUUGCCCACCUCUAUGGCUGUCCAUUUGCACAUUUAAUACCAAUCAUUAA